AGGUUUUACAAGAGACUUAUUCUUGGGAAUGCUUUGUGUUUGCCUUGGCUGUUUUUGUGACUAUGACCAACCAGAUUCACAAGUGGUCUCACACUUACUUUGGACUUCCUUACUGGGUCACCGUAUUGCAAGAUUACCACAUCAUUCUUCCAAGAAAGCACCACCGUAUCCAUCACGUGUCUCCCCAUGAGACCUAUUUCUGCAUCACUACAGGUUGGCUGAACUAUCCUUUGGAGAAGAUACAGUUUUGGAAACAUCUAGAAUAUGCUAUUGAAAGACUGACUGGUGAAAAACCUAGAGCAGAUGACAUGAAGUGGGCACAGAAAAUGAAAUGAACUCCUGCCAAUCUUCCAUAAUGCUUAACAUUUGCCAAGUUUCCAAAGCCAUCUGCCGGAUCCAAGAUAUCGGGAUAACAGACUUCAAAGCACAAGCUAACACGUGCUAAAUAAUUAAAACUUGGAGACAAUGAACUUAACUCUUGAUGGGAGCAUAUGUAAUACUUGAACAGAAGGAGAAAACUUUUGCAAUUUAAGCUUCUGUGUUAGGGCCAUAUUUGCAGAACUGCUAAGUAAUAAGUCAUCACUUUUAUGAAUUUCACCAAGGCCAUGACAUGAAUUUUUGACAAUGCACAGAAUCUUGCACUAGGAAAUUGUUAGUUUAAAAGUUCUUAUUUAUUUAUCCAAGUUAGUUUUGUGGUUUUAAAAAUAGUAUUUUUUUAAUUUCAGAAGUGUGGCAAAGUAGGAAGAAACUACUUUGCAGUGUCAUCCUAUUAGGUAAAAUUAAAUUGUGUAUAGUUGCAUAAUAAAAUGGCCAUUGUCAUGCCAGCCAGUGUCAACCAAAGGGCCUUUGUACCUUCGAGUCCAGGCUGAAUAGAAGUGAGGCAAGGCUGUGGAGAUCUGGACUGAUUGCUUGCUAAGGGCUAACAGAUGCAUAACAUAAAACCAGCAAUUCACUAUUUAUUUAGUUUGUGGUGUUUGUAAGGUUGCACUUUUUUCUGAAGUUGGGGGAUUACUAACAAGCAUCCAGCAAAACUGGGUUUGGUCAUCUAUCAGAUAAUAUGAAAACCAAGUUCUGUUUUAUUAAACACGUUUAAAUACGGAUGUUGUUGGUCUUUCCCCACUUUUUUUUAACCUUCUUUCAGCUUAAAACUCGAGUACUUUCAGCGCAGCAAAUCCAUUUGAAAUAAAGAGCUGCAGAGAAAAGUAAAAUAUUUUUGCAUCAUUCUGGAGCCAUUUUGCAUUUCCCUCUUGUAGCUUUGAAUCUUCCUCAAUCAGAUAGCAUAUAUUUUUUUCCUGUUGGGGGAAUGGAAAGAAAACUUAUUUUUGUUUCUGACUCUUAAUCUUGAAUCAUGCUUCUUGCCGGUGAAAUUUUCCCUUAGCUAAUGCAUGUGUGUAUAUACAUAUAUGCAUAGAAUAAAACAGAAAUUUUUUUUUUAAAAUACCUCCACCUGUUACAGUCGAGCUCCACAAUAUGAAGGAGUAACCAGAAGGAGCAUUCAAGUGUGUGUUGUGCAAAAUAAGAUGUUACAGACUGAUGGUGUCUUUUUAAGGUGCUUGCUUUGUUCUGUAUAUAAAUAAGCCUUAAUUUUUUGUGUAACAAACAUAUUUUUCUUUGUUGUAUUGUUUUCAGUGCAUAGAGUAUAUUUAUAGUAAAAUGUCUGCUGCCUAUUACUCUCUGUAUCUGUCUUCCCAAAUGCUCAUGAGAUUAUUUCAGAAGCUGUAGAUUUGCAUUGCCAGUUCAUUCGGGGAAAUCUGAAAAUGCACUAAGCACUUGAACUGGACUUUUUCUGAAAUAAAUCUUUGACCUCGUGUGCAUAUGAUGCAUGCUCUUCUUGUUUUGCAUAAUCUUUCCAUCAAGACAGACUUUUGAACUAUUAGACAGAUGUCUAAAACUACCAUGCAGUCAUAGGGCUUGAAUUGUGCUGCUCUGUUGAAAAUUUUCAGCAGUGUUGUAUAGCAUUUUGGGUCAGAUAUUAGUUUUGGUGUUUACUUAAUGAUUGUUGCUGCCCAUCUUGUCUUGCUGUGUCCAGAUACAGUGACUUACCAGCCAAGAGCUGUCACAGCAGACCACCCACCACCACCAAAAACUGCUGCCCUUGCAUUUCACUGCCUGACUUCAUCACCUAUUAGAUGUUUUCAGGAUGUCCCUGCUGAUCCCUUGGACUUCAGUCCACAGUUAUCCCCCCUUACAAAGAGUAGCAUUCGCACAUUCAAGAGGGUAGAUGAAAAUUUCUGAAUACCUUUUCAAAAUUCCCCCUGAAUUGACAGUCACUGGAUUUUCCUUUGCAUGAUUUUUGUCAUAGAAUGCAGUAAUCAGCCCACCUCUAGAGGCAGUGAAUGCAUUUAUAAGUGAGGGCUUUAAAGGAUAUGUUAAACUCUUGCUUAGGCUUGCAUUGCCAGACAUAUAGUAAAGUAUUUAGUAUUCCCACAUUGCUUGUAUCAAAGUUACAAUUUUAACAACAUUUUCAGCUUUCUGAACUAUUUUAAGAACCUGACUGAAAGGUACAUCAUUCUAACCUAAUAGCCCACAAUAUGAUGCAAGCUAGAGAGGUCCUGUGUAUUCUUAAGGCAACAAAUGCUGGUUCUUAUUUUGUGUCUGGAUCUUUAGUUUCUAUCCUAAGGAAACUGUAUUGCUAACAGUUUGGCCUUCGGAAUGUAUGAAAUGUGGCCUACACAUUUGGCACUUUUGUAGUGCUCUAAGAAAAUUUAAAAAAAAUAAUAAAAUCAGUCCGCACAGACUGAAAUAAGUUGUACACUUGGAAUUCUCUCUUCAGAUGCAAUGAUCACUUAGUUUGACUGUGCUAACUAAUACACCUUUGAGUUCAGAGCAGUACAGCUCAGGUACACUUAAACAUCAUUUUUUAUGAGCAUCAUUAAAUCCACAACUAAGAGUGACAUUGUAUGAGUGAAAGCAGCAUCUGUAGGGUGUAUGAGAAGCGGCGGAAAAUUUGAUUUACAGAUGGAUUCAGCAUUUUAAGUAAUGGGGGGAAGUAGGCAAGUAGGAAAGCUGAGUGGAGUCAACUGAAUGAUUUAAGAGAUUUUCAUCAGUGUGGCAUAUUUAUAAUUUGAAUAAGGCUGUAAAGUAUUUCACUCCCUGUGGUAGAGGGCAGAAACGUAUUCAUGGCUUGUGUUUGUGGUCUGGUUGUUUUGUGGAGAAGCUUUCUGUACAUAUUUAAUAUUCUGUAUUGCCGCAUGCAAAUUCUUGAGGAUUCUGACAUGCGUUUUAUUUUUAUUUGUAGUUUUUACACCCUCUUGAAAACUUUAUCAGUAAUUGUUGGCUACUUUAUAUACAGUAUACCUUUUGUAAGCCUAUAAAAAGCAUGCUUCACAUUUCACUGAGUAUGUAUGCAUUUGGUAUGGUGUCUGAUACAGAACAUAUUGAGCCUUUGCAAGACAUUCACCCCAUGGUGAGUAGGCAUAUUUGAAAGAAGCCUGGGCAAAAUGGAUUGUUAAUCUGUAAUGCACAUUAGGACUUUGCUGUGCUAGUCCAUCUGUUUUUGAAAAUAUAUGUUUAUCCUUUUCACUUGUUAAAUUGUGCAAGACUCGUUGCAGACUGUAGGUUUCUGUCUGACAGUGUUUCACAGCCAAUUUAAUUUGUAUUUAUUUAUAUGUUUCUAGCGAGGCAGGUGUGCAGAUCUAAGAGAAACCAUUUUCACACACGUUUGCUAGCAUCAUGUGAUAUGAAAUGGUUUUAUGCCACUGCAUUAAUUUUGGGUAUUACUGAAUUUUACUUUUAUUUCUUAGAGUCCCAUAAUUUUCUUUUAUUCUGCCAGUAUUCCUAACAUACAUUCCAUACAAUCCUUUCAUUGUAUAAAAAUAUUUGCAGGGAGUUUCCCCAGUGUCCUGGCUAAAUAUACCCUAGUUAACAUAAAUACUAUCUUGUCUAUCUCCUGGAAAAUGAUAAACCUGAUUAGCAAGUCAGAAUAAAUAAAACAAACAUAGCAUCUGCAGUAGAGCAUACUGAAUUUUGUAUGAAUGAGUCUUGAAGUGCAUGUUUCUUAGGCGGAGUGUAGGAAAGGAUAGAGAUGUAAAGUCCAGUCUUUCAUGUUGGACUCCUUUUAUGAACGCUGUCCUUUUUUUGAAAAUGUCAUGUUCUUUGUUGGCUAUCGCAGAUUUGCCAUUUUUUAGUAGGAAAUGUUGACAGAUGAUUUGUGCCAUGGAAGUAAUCAGGAUAGUGUGUGGUUGUCUCUUCACAGGAGCUUGUUCUGUACCAGAUCUGCCAUAUUUGUUCAGUCUUGGUUCCCUGCUUGUAGAAUAUGAUUGGCUUUCAGUUCCACAUUAAGAGAAAAAUACUGUUAAAUGCUACUUACACAUAUGUAUUUCACACUCCCCUGGAUGUGUGCCUGCAGUCUUCAAGCUAUACUGUGUUGAACUGGUCACCUUUGGGUUUUAUGGUUUCUUUGUCACUACCAGUGUGUGCCUUCAUCUCUGUCAAAGUACAGAUCCCUUAUCUAAAUACAUUUAUUUCAUAUCCCUCUGCAUAGUUCUAUAUCAUGUCCUUGCAAUCCUCAAGCUGUAUUGUAUUGGAUCUGUCACUGGUCACCUUUGGGUCCUAUGGUAUCUUUGUUACUACCAGUGUGCCUUCAUCUCCUAAAGUACAGAACCCACAUCUAUUGUGCAAGUAAAAUGAGAAACUUGUUAGAUUAGCACAGUCUGCCUACUGUCUGAUGGUGGCCCUUGGUGGAUGAUCUGCCUGCCCACCACAAGCCUUUCUACCACAGGAAUUGAGGUAUGGCACCUUCUGUCUCUGCCUGUUACUUGUGAUACAUUGUAUCUAGUUUAUUCUCCCUUCGUAUGUGGGGCAGAUUGUCACUGCAUUAACACCUUGUGUUUUCUGCCCUGGACAAUGCAUAAAUCUGUGUGCUAGCCAUCCAUGGAAACCCUCCACACUGCUGACUUUCUGGGUGUUGCUAAACUGCACUCUGUGAGAAGAUCCAGUGGUUUCAUAUGAGGAGUGGUUGUGUGUGCGUGUGCGCGCAUGUGCAUACGUGCUCCGCGGUGUAUGUGGGUGCAUGUGCAAGGCUGUGUGUCUAGUUUAGGGGUGAUGAUGAUGAUGUCAACAUUGCAUUUUUUCUCCCAUUACAGUAAACAGCAUUUGUUACUACACAUCUCUAACCAGUUUGAACUCGGAAGAUAUUCACUUGUGUCCCUUUAUUUCAGCAUUUUGAUGCAGUUUUCAUUUUUCACACUACUUCCACAGUCACCUAAGAAUUAGUGUCUGAUAAUUUUGGAGUGUAUUGAUUAUUUUCACUACUUGGUGCCAGCACUUUCUAAAAUCUUCCAUCAUCCCAUAGGCCCACAAUAACAGCUGUUGAUGCUUCAGAAGGUGACUCUGGUUGAGAAAGAUUGCAAAUUUUUCUUUCCAGAAAGGUUUAUUUUAAAACACAGUUCUAAAUGACAUCAAAAUAAAACUUUGAGUGUAAUCCUGGGCUAUUAUUUCACAUGUGGGCUUGGUUUCAAACCAUUUCCAUUAACACUGUAAGUAAAUACAGAAGUUUGGAAGAUAGCAGAAGUCUGCAUGGUUGACAGCCCACCCCAGCCACUGUAUAAUAACAACCAUCCUUUCUUCAUAUAGAUCAAAUUUAAUUUGUUUACAAGCCACCAGCUGUGUGAAGUAGGAGUUGGUAAUACAGAUAUCGCAUUGUCAAUGGAUCACUUUUUAAUGCUGCCCUUUCCUUUUUUACGUUUGUCCCUUGUAAGUGGAUUAGCUGAAAAAAUUGAGUGUUCUUUUUUGUGCUCCAAGUAUGACAUUUAAAUUAAUGUUAAUAAGCAGAAAAAAAUAUCCAAAUUGUGAAACUGGGUUUCUUUCUUUCUGUUUAGGUUUUAGUGAUAUGUAUGCUGUGAGACUGUAUCUGUGCCCUGUGAUGAGUUGGCAUCCCAUUCCGGGUUAGUUCUGCUUGCACCCAUUCAGUUUCAGUAUAAGCUCUGCCCAACUCCCUCCUAAAUUGGAUUAAGUAGGUUAUACCAGAAUGGUCAUCAGAGUGGUUAUUGUCAUUACUGACACAACUUCUUGGAGGUACCAUUUGAAAGAUUGAAUGACAAAGUUAGUAACAGAAAGUUCCAAGUAAUUGCCAUUAACAGGCAUUACCAAUUAGUGCAAAUGAUUGUUUGCUGUGGUAUUUAAGCCAACUUCUCAAAUAAAUAUAACUUUAUGUAAAGGCCAUUUGUGGGUGUUAAACUUUUAGACUUGCAUAUAUGACACAAAGUAAGUUAUUCAUGUGCUAGGGUGUUGUUCUAAAGUUCUUUUCCUGUCCUAGAACUUACGAUGUUGCACAUGGCUUGCGAUGUUGCACGUGGCUGAAAGUGCUGACUGCUGUGUUACCAUUUAGAUGAAAUAUUUAUUCAAGCACCUUUUACAUGCCCAGAUGAAAACAGACUAUCCAGUGGCAUGUCAGUUAAUAAGAGUUUCUUCCUUUAGGUGGAAAUAAAAGAAUAUGAGGCAGUUGUCUCUGAGUAUGAGUUGUCCCUUCUGCCCAUCUGGGUGGAACUAAAAGAUCCCAAAAGCACUUGUCACGGAUUAGGAGAGUUUUCCCUUCUGCCCAUCUGAAUGAAAGUUAAAGGUCUCAUAGCACUUGUCAAUAAGAGAGUUUCCCUUCUGCCUAAUUGGGUGGAAAUAAUUAGGUGGUAAAGAGAAUUUUCCCUUUUGCUUUUCUAGGUAAAAAUACUCCAUCUGUAGCAUUUGCCUUUCUUCAAGGGAGGUUUUCAGGUUUUCUUGUUCAUCUGAAUAAUGUCCCUUAAAGAAGAAAGUCCAUCAUUCACGUUAUGUCUUGGUUUGCUUUUGUGGCCAUUGGUAUAUAGGUUAAUGUAAACAAUGAGAGUAAACUUCUGAAUGAGAUACUUUGCAGUACACUUGGGAGUUGAAGGUCAUGUAUAGUUUUUCUGGCUUACGAAAAACUUGAGUUUUAAUCUCGUGCAAUUGGCUGAAAGACUUGUAGGUACUUCUGAAUUCAUCAUUUAGGGGUUUCCCCCCCCCCCGUUCGUUUUCCAAUUUAAAGGAAAACUGAAAUAUACAUGAUUUUCUGUGCAAUGCUGACACAUUAGAAUCAAUCUUUCUUUGCAUAUUUUAAUGUUUAUACCCCAAAAUGACCAUCAUAAGGACCGCUCUACUAAGGUGAUUUUGUGUUUGCCUUUCUGCCCUCUUCCAAGAAUAUAGAUUGAGACAGUGUAAUGUGAACAUGACCUAAACAUAAUUUUUGCUCCAUUUAUUUACAUUGAUAGUACCUCGAGUUAUUGUCUUCUUAAACGCACUGUGAAAGGAGUGCCAGGGCUUCUUUUUAACUGAAUUGCUCAAUUCUGCACUUACUGUAAGCUACUGAAAGACUUUUUGUGGUCCAUUUUGCAUCUUCAUUAUUGCAAAGCAGAUGAAUAGUAGAACUGCAUUCACUAUUUAAAGCAGACCCUUGAACCUCUGCAGCUAUGGUUAGGUAUGAUAGUUGUCAGUCUACUGUUGAAGUUUUACUCAUUCAUAUCCGACAGUUAACAUUUCAGAGAGCUAAUAAUAAGGUAAACUGCAGGUGCUUGUCAUUUUUUUAAGUUUUGCACAGUUACAUGGAUAAGAUCAUCAUUUCACUGGCCAAAAUGAGAGCAUUUACCAGUUUGUUUAUGCAGUUUUUCACUGUAACUCAUCUCUGUGUUUCAUAUCAAUAUUUGUUUAAGAACUAUCUUUUCGGAAGAUUGUUUUACACAGCUGUAUGUGUGCUUGCUUUAUAGCACUUUAUUGACCUCAGCAAGACACAGUCUCAGAAUGUAAAAUUAUGGACAGUGGCAGAUAGGCUGGACGUCACACUUCUGCAGUUUAAAUUAUGUGCAGCCUAAGGCUAAUUGAAAAAGCUGAAAUUUGAAUAUGAAAAAUGUUGGGACCUUCAUGAUUUGUGGCAGGGAGACAAGAGCAUUAGAUACAAAGCACUUAAUGGUUUCUGUGUAUUAAACAAUAUAUGGGUCAUUGUACAGGGAGCAAAAGAUUCCAGAAAAAAAAUGAUUGACAUUGGAGGGUGGGGCUUUCCUUUAUGGUGGUGGUGAAUCCACUCACAAACUGUUAAUAUUUUCAUUGUUUUUUCAUUUUUUUACUGUAUUUCCUUUCAGAAAUUGAAUUUGUUAAUGGCUUGUUGAUUUUGACUUUUUAACAUGCUGCAUUAUACUGUCUUGGUAAGUGUGCCAUUAUUUUGUUACAAGAGCUGUUGUACUUAAAAGAACAAUGUUACUUGAAACUAAUAGAGAAGGAGUGUCACAGCAAAAACAUUUCUUUUCUUAUUAUUUUAACAAAUAUGUAUGCUUUCUAAAAUAUUGACUGAAAAUCAGUAUAUCUAAAUAAAAAUUUUCCCUAUA